GGCGGGGCAGGGUCUGGGGCUAGUCAUGGCGUCCCCGUCUCGGAGACUACAGACCAAACCAGUCAUUACUUGCUUCAAGAGCGUCCUCUUGAUCUACACUUUCAUCUUCUGGAUCACUGGUGUUAUCCUUCUUGCCGUUGGUAUUUGGGGCAAGGUGAGCCUGGAGAAUUAUUUUUCCCUUUUGAAUGAGAAGGCCACCAAUGUCCCCUUCGUGCUCAUUGGUACCGGUACCGUCAUUAUUCUGUUGGGCACCUUUGGCUGUUUUGCUACCUGCCGAGCUUCUGCAUGGAUGUUAAAACUGUAUGCAAUGUUUCUGACUCUCAUUUUUUUGGUUGAACUGGUCGCUGCCAUCGUAGGAUUUGUUUUCAGACAUGAGAUUAAGAACAGUUUUAAGAAUAAUUAUGAGAAAAUUUUAAAGCAGUAUAACUCUACGGGAGAUUAUAGAAGCAAUGCAGUAGACAAGAUUCAAAAUAAGUUGCACUGUUGUGGUGUCACCGACUAUAGAGAUUGGAAGGAUACUAAUUAUUACUCAGAAAAAGGAUUUCCCAAGAGUUGCUGCAAACUUGAAAAUUGUUCUCCACAGAGAGAUGCAGAUAAAGUAAACAAUGAAGAUUGUUUUAUAAAGGUGAUGACCAUUAUAGAGUCAGAAAUGGGAGUGGUUGCUGGGAUUUCUUUUGGAGUUGCUUGCUUCCAGCUGAUUGGAAUCUUUCUAGCCUACUGUCUCUCUCGCGCCAUAACAAAUAACCAGUAUGAGAUAGUGUAAACAGCAAACCAUGGGCCUAUUCCUCUUCAACUUUAAGGACAUUUACAUCCCCCCUGUAAGCUAUGAAAUUGCCUGGAUGGAAGACUAGCUACUACUGCUUACAAUAGACCAAAAACUUAUAUAAGUAGUCUGAUUCAAUCAAGACGUGUUCAGUUUAAGUCCACCUUUUGUCCCAUUGAUGUUAGAUCAUUGAAACCCCUGUAUCACUGUGAAACACUGGAAGAGCUAGUAAAUUGCAAAUGAUGCAAUACCGUGUUCCUCUUGACUUUUAU